AUGGCUGUCGCCGAAAAAGGCCAGAAGCCAGGCAUGGCCAAAAGAAUCUUUCUCAUGCUCGCACCAGACUCAGCAAAAGACGACGAUGGCCGCGAUAACUUCAACUCCCGCUCGCAAUUCGUCCUCUGCGCCAUGGGCGGUGCUGUCGGUCUAGGAAACCUGCUGCGCUUCCCCUCCGUCGUCUUCAACAACUACGGUCUGCAGUUCUUCAUUCCUUACGCCGUCGCGCUCUUCCUCAUCGGUAUUCCAAUCCUCAUCCUCGAAAUCACCCUUGGUCAGGCCUAUCGCGGUGGUUGUGUUAUCGCCUGGAAUAAUGUGAACCAUCGUGCUAAGGGUAUUGGACUGAGUAUGGUGUUCAAUGGCUUUAGCGUUGUUGGGUACUAUGUUCCUAUUCUGGCGUGGGCUAUGACUUACUUCAGGAUGUCGUUUCAGAGCCCGUUGCCGUGGGAUGGCGAGGAUACGGUGGAUUUCUUUAAUGAGAGGGUUGUUCGCAACAUUCCUGCUACCGGUGGUGCUGAUGACGGUGGUGGUUUGAAGCAUUAUCCUGGUCGUGGCAUUGUUGGUGAGACGUUUGGCUGGUGCGUCAUGAUCUGGUUCGUCGUGUGGAUGUGUACCUUCAAGGGUGUUGGUCUCACUGGCCGUGUCAUCUACAUCACAAUGGCUCUCCCCCUCAUCAUGAUUGGCAUUCUCGCUAUUCGAUCCCUCUCCCUCCCCAACGCCUCUGAUGGUUUCAGACUCUAUGUCGGCACGUGGCGAAGCGAGUCUCUUGAGGGUCCUCGCGUAUGGCAAGACGCCUUUGGCCAGAUGUUCUUCUCCAUUGGUGUCGGUUUCGGCUACUUCACCUCCUACGCCUCAUACAACAACAAAUUCGCCAACGCUGUCCAAGAUGCUUUCAUCAUUGCUCUCAGCAACUCCGCAAUUGAGAUCAUCUCAGCAUUGGCUGUCAUGGGCGUUGUCGGCUUCCUCGCCAUCAACCCCGGCGAGGUCGAUCCUCUCUCCACCUUCAGCUCUGGCUUCUUCUACUAUCCCCAGGCUCUUGCUCAGAUGCCUGGAUCCAACUUCUUCUCUGCUCUGUUCUUCAUCACAUUGGUUCUUCUUGGACUCACAUGUGUCUUUGCCCUCGCUGAGGUCCUCGUCACUCUCAUCUGCGAUACCAACAUCGGUCAGCGCAUUCCUCGAUGGAUCAUCUCAACCUCUGUCAUCAUCCUCGGCUGCCUUACUUCACUCAUCUACAGCAGUGAGUUUGGCUUCAGUGUUCUCGAUGCUGUUGAUGCCUUUGUCAACGAUGUCGCUCUCUUCAUCACUGUCUGGUCAGAGACUUAUAUGGCCUGCACGCUCUACCGAUGGAAGGAUCCCGUCGAUCAGAUCGGCUUCAUCAGCUACUUCGUUUACAAUGGCGGCUAUGUUUUGUCUCUGUUCCUUGGUCUUCUGAUUGGUCAUGUCGUCAGCGCCCCUGCCGGUGCUGGUGUUGGCUUCGGUAUCUUCAUCGCCUGUGCUCUUAUCUCUGCUUUUGUUGGCAAGACCCCUUCAAUCCCUGCUCCCCGAUUCUGGGGAAACAAUCCCAUUCUCAGCCGAUUCUGGUACGCGGCUUUUUACUCGGGCAACCAAAUCCGUCGCGAUCUCAACAAUGCCAUCCUCGGUGGCCAGACGAAUUGGAAGAUUCACUGGGUAUGGCCCAUUUGUUUAAAGUACAUCACAGGUCCUGCCGUUGCCCUUGUCUUCUCCUUCGCCUAUCCCAAGUUCCUCAACAACUACUCCGAUGACCCUCCCUUCAUCUACAGCUUUGUUCUCAUGCACAUGGUCGUCAUCUUCAUCAUCGGUGCAUUCCUUGCUCCUCGCUUCCUCAACAUUCUCAUCCCAUCUCACCGUCUUGAGCGUGGUGAUGGAAAGUAUGAUGUUGCACCUCAGAUGACUGUUGACAACCGCCCUAUCGUUGACAACGGUGGCCUUGAGGGCGGUCACGGUGAUAUUGAUGCUGCUCACCACAGUGCUAGUGCUGAUGGAAACAGCAUGGAGGCUGAUAAGGGUGUAUUCCAACCGAAGGAUGAGACCGCGAGGUUUGAGACUCCUGUUGAGCCGCGACAGUAG